UCUUCAAGCAAACAGGAAAGCCGGGGCCUCACUCACUGUCGCUGCUUUCAACGAGGCACCGGCUGAAUGUAAAAGUCUCCGCCAGUUUACAGCGUAUGUAGUUGAAAUCUGAAUGUGUAAGUGAAUCGUUUGGAAUACUGCUUUUAUUUUUCGAUUCGAAUUCGCACUUGCAAACGGGGAAAGGAAACUUUGAAACGAAGCUGUUUUGAGAAAGUGCGGAGGCCAUCGGAGCACGGCGGAGGAUGAGAGGAGACGGAACGGCUCAUCCCGGAAGCGGAAACUGCUCAAGGCUUCCGUGGAUCGAAGGGGAGGCGGCGGCGGUGGCAGGGGGCCGCGAGAUGGCGGUUUCCAUGGAGACACAGCUCCAAAGCAUCUUCGAGGAGGUGGUGAAAACUGAAGUAAUUGAGGAAGCCUUUGCUGGUAUGUUUAUGGACUCAGCUGAAGAUGAGAAAACCAAGCUGAUUAGUUGCCUUGGAGCUUUCAGGCAACUCUGGACAAAUCUUCCUCAGGAAUCCCAUGAGCAGUGUGUGCAAUGGAUUGUUCGCUUCAUUCAUGGACAGCACAACCCCAAGAGGAUUUCCUUUCUGUAUGACUGCUUGGCUAUGGCAGUUGAAAGUGGGUUGCUACCACCGAGACUGGUCUGCGAGUCUUUAAUUAACUCUGAAAGUCUGGAAUGGGAAAGAAUGCAACUUUGGGCUCUAACGUUUAAACUCAUUCGAAAAAUAAUAGGUGGCGUUGACUACAAGGGUGUAAGAGACCUGUUGAAGGCAAUUCUAGAGAAGAUUCAAACUAUCUCUAACACAGUCAGUUCUGCUGUUGUACAGCAGCUACAAACAGCUAAAGAUGUUGUAGCAUAUAUCUUGGACAGAAAUGCUUGUCUAUUACCAGCAUAUUUUGCAGUUACUGAGAUUAGGAAGCUUUAUCCUGAAGGAAAAUUGUCUCAUUGGUUACUAGGCAAUCUUGCAUCUGAUUUUGUAGACAGCUUUAGACCUACUGCACGAAUAAACUCUAUCUGUGGACGCUGCAGUCUUUUACCAGUAGUGAACAAUUCUGGUGCAAUUUGUAAUUCUUGGAAGCUGGAUCCAACAACGCUUCGCUUUCCUCUGAGAGGACUCUUGCCUUAUGAUAAGGAUCUUUUUGACCCACAGACUGCUCUGUUGAGAUAUGUUUUAGAACAACCUUACUCCAGGGAUAUGGUCUGCAACAUGCUAGGUCUGAACAAACAGACCUUGAACAUUGCUCAGCAUAAACAGCGCUGUCCAGUUUUGGAAGAUCAGCUUGUGGAUUUAGUGGUUUACGCCAUGGAACGCUCUGAAACAGAGGAGAAAUUUGAUGAUGGAGGCACCAGUCAGUUAUUGUGGCAACACCUCUCGAGUCAGCUCAUUUUCUUUGUCUUAUUUCAAUUUGCUAGUUUUCCACACAUGGUGUUAUCACUUCAUCAGAAGCUGGCAGGCCGAGGUCUAAUAAAAGGACGGGACCAUCUGAUGUGGGUUUUGUUGCAAUUCAUCUCUGGGAGUAUCCAAAAGAAUGCACUAGCUGAUUUCCUCCCAGUAAUGAAGCUGUUUGAUCUGCUGUACCCAGAGAAAGAAUGCAUUCCUGUACCUGACAUAAGCAAACCACAGUCUACUCAUGCAUUUGCCAUGACUUGUAUCUGGAUUCAUCUCAAUAGGAAGGCACAAAAUGAUAACUCCAAACUGCAGAUACCGAUCCCUCAUUCUCUCAAACUUCAUCAUGAAUUUUUACAGCAAAGUUUAAGAAACAAGAGUCUACAUAUGAAUGAUUACAAGAUUGCCUUGCUGUGUAAUGCAUAUUCUACUAAUUCUGAAUGUUUUACAUUACCUAUGGGAGUAUUGGUUGAAACAAUAUAUGGGAAUGGAAGCUUGAGGAUAUCCCUUCCUGGAACAAACUGCACAGCUUCAGGAUCUAUUACCCCGCUACCAAUGAACUUACUAGAUUCACUGACAGUUCAUGCCAAAAUGAGCCUCAUUCACAGUAUAGCUACAAGGGUGAUUAAACUGGCCCAUGCCAAAUCAAGCCUAGCAUUGGCCCCUGCUCUGGUAGAAACUUAUAGCCGUCUCCUAGUUUAUAUGGAGAUUGAAUCUCUUGGAAUUAAAGGUUUUAUCAGCCAGCUUUUACCUAAUGUUUUCAAAUCACAUGCUUGGGGAAUCCUACACACAUUGCUGGAGAUGUUCAGCUAUCGCAUGCAUCAUAUCCAGCCUCACUACAGAGUCCAGCUGUUAAGCCAUCUCCAUUCGCUGGCAGCCGUACCGCAGACUAAUCAGAACCAACUUCACUUGUGUGUUGAAAGCACAGCACUUCGGCUGAUCACCGCUUUGGGGAGUUCAGAGGUCCAGCCCCAAUUUACACGGUUUCUCAGUGACCCCAAAACAGUUCUUUCUGCUGAAUCUGAGGAACUUAACAGAGCUCUAAUUCUAACUCUAGCUAGAGCAACCCACGUAACUGACUUCUUCACAGGCUCAGAAUCUAUACAAGGAACCUGGUGCAAAGACAUACUUCAGACAAUCAUGGUUUUCACUCCUCACAAUUGGGCUUCACACACACUCAGCUGUUUUCCAGCUCCAUUACAGGCCUUUUUCAAACAGAAUAACGUGCCUCAAGAAAGUCGAUUUAAUUUAAAGAAGAAUGUGGAAGAAGAAUACAGAAAAUGGAAAUCAAUGACCAAUGAGAAUGAUAUCAUCACGCACUUCUCCAUGCAAGGAUCUCCACCGCUGUUCCUUUGUCUGCUAUGGAAAAUGUUAUUAGAGACUGAUCACAUUAAUCAGAUUGGCUACAGAGUGUUGGAGAGAAUAGGAGCUAGAGCUUUGGUAGCUCAUGUUCGAACAUUUGCUGACUUCCUAGUCUAUGAGUUCUCAACUUCUGCUGGAGGACAACAGUUGAAUAAAUGCAUCGAGAUCCUCAAUGACAUGGUGUGGAAAUAUAAUAUAGUCACUUUGGACAGAUUGAUAUUAUGCCUUGCUUUGCGAAGUCAUGAAGGAAAUGAGGCCCAAGUCUGUUACUUCAUUAUUCAGCUUCUGCUGUUAAAGCCGAAUGAUUUUAGGAACCGAGUGAGUGAUUUUGUAAAGGAAAAUUCCCCAGAGCAUUGGCUACAAAACGACUGGCAUACAAAACACAUGAACUAUCACAAGAAAUACCCUGAAAAGCUGUAUUUUGAAGGCCUGGCUGAACAGGUUAAUCCCCCCGUGCAGAUUCAGCCUCAAUAUCUACCUAUUUAUUUCGGAAAUGUCUGCCUUCGGUUUUUGCCAGUUUUCGAUAUUGUAAUCCACAGAUUUUUAGAAUUACUGCCAGUUUCAAAAUCUUUGGAAACACUUCUUGAUCACCUAGGAGGCCUGUAUAAGUUUCAUGACCGGCCUGUGACCUACCUAUACAAUACACUUCAUUACUAUGAGGGACAUCUGCGAGAUCGCACAAAUCUCAAACGCAAGCUUGUUCAUGCAGUCAUUGGCUCUUUAAAAGAUAACCGACCACAAGGCUGGUGUUUAAGUGAAACUUAUCUGAAAUCUGCCAUGAAUGCACGAGAAGACAAUCCGUGGGUUCCUGAUGACACAUACUACUGCAAGUUAAUUGGUCGAUUAGUGGAGACUAUGGCAGGUAAAUCACCUGGUCCAUUUCCAAACUGCGACUGGAGAUUCAAUGAAUUUCCCAACCCAGCAGCACAUGCCCUUCAUGUAACUUGUGUGGAACUUAUGGCAUUAUCUGUUCCAGGGAAAGAAGUUGGAAAUGCACUUCUUAAUGUUGUGCUUAAGAGUCAGCCUUUGGUACCAAGAGAAAACAUUACUGCCUGGAUGAAUGCAAUUGGACUUGUAAUAACUGCAUUGCCUGAACCCUACUGGAUAGUGCUGAAUGAUCGCAUUGUGAAUGUCAUCAACAGUGCAACAUUGACCUCAGAUACGGAAUGGGUUGGAUAUCCAUUUCAGCUAUUUGAUUUCACAGCUUGCCACCAGUCUUAUUGUGAGAUGUACUGUAGCUAUGUUCUGGCCUUGGCACAUGCCGUGUGGCACCAUUCAAGUAUUGGUCAACUUUCCCUCAUCCCCAAAUUUCUCACAGAAGUACUGAAGCCAUUGGUGAAGACUGAAUUCCAGUUGUUGUACAUUUAUCAUCUUGUUGGUCCUUUUCUGCAACGGUUCCAGCAAGAAAGAACCCGAUGUAUGCUUGAGAUUGGCAUUGCAUUUUACGAGAUGUUACAGAAUGUAGACCAAAACACAAAGCACCUGAGCUAUAUGGAUCCUAUUUGUGAUUUUCUGUACCAUGUAAAAUACAUGUUUACUGGAGACAGCGUUAAAGAUCAAGUAGAAAAAAUAAUCUGUACGCUAAGGCCAGCUUUAAAACUUCGACUGCGAUUUGUGACUCAUAUAAGUAAGGUGGAGCCAGCAGCGGCAGUACAACCAGCAAGCAAUGCCUCUCCAGCCAACCCUUCCAGCCAGGUGUCCACUGGUGUCGCCCUACCUGUGACACAAUAAAAUAUUUUGAUAGCAUUUUGUCAGGAGUUCUAAUACUGUGAAGUAAAAAGAAAUGGUGUGCAUUUAAAGCAGAAUCCUUCUUUAAGACAUUUUUAAAAUAUUGUACAUACUGUCUAUUGGAUGAUACAAGUAAUGCAAAUAGAGAAAAUUAGCUGUAAACAAUGUGCCAUAGUUGUGUCUUGGUCUUUGAUGGUUAGAAUUGCUGUGUACCACUUCAGUCAAAAAUGAACUGCUACAGAAAUGUGUAAUAACUCAUCCCCUUAGUUCAACUGAUUUUGAACAUAGUAUUUCACACAAUAAACCAAAUAGUACUAAAUGCGCAAUCAUAGAAAUCUGUUGGUGACACCUUUCAUUGUUUUUCUUUAUACCAUGCAGUAUGUUUAUUUAGACUGAAGAGAACUUUACGGUUUUAUUCUGCAAGUUCUAUUGCAAUUAGUUUGUAUAAUUUUGUUCAAACUGUAAUAUCUAGAUUUUUGACUGAAAUCAUAUGAAAUAAUCUACUUGUCAAAAGAUUGCGGUUGCAGUGAUGUGUACUUUCAAAACUCCACUGUAAUCAUGGAAUGAUCUGAAAUGUUUGUAUGUUAGCUUCCAAAUAUUAAUGUAAUUGUUUCAGUCUGUUCUGAGCAAAAUAAAUGAUACAUGAGUGUUGAUCAUUAUUAUUUUGCAAUGCCUAAAUUUACAUUUAAAUUCAAAUUUCCCGGCCUAUAAACCAUUGAACCUUAUUGUUUCAUCCAAUUAUUUUUAAAACUGUAAACCCCCUGCAAAAAUGAAAUACUUUUGAAGUAAUUUAUGACUUGUUACCAACAAACUAUUUAAGCUUUUACAUUCAGGAAGUAUUUUUAAAUUGUUGAGAUUUUGCAGAUUUACCUGACCUGGUUAAAACCUUGCUAAUUUGCAUUAAUUGGCCAGUUUUCUUUUGUAUGUAUUCUGUGAUGAACUUCUACAGAAUUCUUUUGAAAUAUGAAACCCAUUAAAGAUGAAGAUACUUUG